UCGAUUGACUGACGGUUCCUCCUAGCACUCAUUCCCCCAAUCCGACCUUAUACUCUCACCGUCGCCUUCCUCAUUUUGGAACACCGUGGUUUGCCAUUUAGCGAGCUCGGUUCUGAAGACGGCGGCGCCUACAUAUUAAUAUCUCCUCGAUUCUAUACUACCGGUGCGCCUCGGUUCGCGUUUUCCGUAUCAUUAAGGGAAAUGGCUUCAAUCACCGUAGAGAAGGCCACUAAGCCUGGCCAAUUGAUUGUUACUACACAACAACUCCGCGCACCUAGCAACGAGAGGAGUAUAGACGGAGGUGGGGAGAUGCGCCGAGGUUCUAACGUAUCAACGCCAAUCUCUGCUACCGCUUCGAACGGAUUCGACACCGACAUAGAAGCAAUGGUGCCGGUCAAAUCCUCUGAACACCUGAACAAGACAUCAACCAUUGGAACUAGGCGAAAAUCGGAUUGCCCUGUCUGGCCUGGACAAGAACACUGGCAGCAAAAGGCAAAGGCGGCUAAAAUCAACAAUAGAUCUUGUCAGUGCAUGGCUCGUCUCAGCAAGAGGAACAGAAUCAUUGCGAAGAUCCUCAUUGGUCUACUGAUAGUGGGCAUUGCCGUUGGUAUUGGCUUCGGUAUCAGCAAACCUCUCGGCGCGGGCAUCUGGCAACCUUCGAGCCACUAAUUACCUAAAAUCAUUAUAGAAGCCAAAGACUUCAUAUAUUAUCAGAAAUACUAGCGUCGUAGCCAUGCGACCUUGUUGUACGAUGAUGAUACCAGUUGUCCGGGAGGUCGAGGGCUUCAUUCGACCCACCAUUAUUGUUAUUUGAAGUUUAUCGGGGCUGAAUUACUAG